UAUAGGAGGGUUUUUGUACACGGCUGAGUCUGAGUCUGAGUGUGUUCGUUCCAUCGUUGGUUGUGGUUGAUUGCGGCUGAACCCUUGAAACCAUGGACGAAGAAGCAGCAAUAUCAGAGCGCAAAACUGGUCACGUUAAGAAGAGAGCUUUAAAGAACAAAGCUUUGGCCAUUUCUUUCGACGAGAAAGAUCUCAAAGAUUAUGUCACUGGCUUUCACAAACGCAAGAAGAAGAGAAGAAAAGAAGCCAACAAACAACAAGAAGAAGCUUUAAGACGCAAACGCAAUGAGGAACGCAUAAAGAGGAAAUUGGAAAGAGAACUUGCUUAUGGGGGUGUGCCACCAACUGAUGACACUGAAACUGGUGAAAUUGAUGACAACCAAGAAGAAGAAACUGACAAACAAGUUGAAUCUGUUGCUGCAACAAAGACAUAUGAAAAUGAUGAUUUGAAAGUCACUGUUGUAACAAAAGAGAUCAACCCUGACGAAGAGAGUUUCCCUAGCGAAAGGAAAGAAGCCCCACCAGCAGUGUCCUCCCAUCCUGUUGUAGUUGAUAAAAAGAAAUCUGUUCCUAUAAAUAACAAGAAGCCAUUUAAAAAGGUUGCAUCAAAGCACAAGUCACAGCCAAAGCAAAGAAGUAAGAGAGAAAAAAGGAAAGGAAAGAAGCCAGGAAACAAGUGACGGUACCUUGACAUGUUGCUUCUUCAGAACAUUCCCAAAUCUGCAACAAACUUUAUUUUUUGUGGAGGUUUCUCUUCUGCUGGAGUCUCAUUGUCUUCCCUUGUUCAGCUGAUCCAUUUGGGGGGAUUUCAGAAUCAAGAAGAAACAGUUUUUUUUGUUGGUUUUUUAAUUAAUUAGUAAUUAUACUAUGUUGUAUACAUUUAAUACAUCCAGAUGUUUGAUUUUACAAUUAUGCAUUUUUCUUCAGUUUAAAAUUUAGUCAAGCUGGUUCACUUUUUAA